UGUAACUUGACCUCAUUAUUUAGAAUUGAAGGAAGACAAUCUUGUAAACCCUUUCUAUAAAUAGUUUAAACAAUCCAAAAUAACAUUAACAGCAGAAUCGUGAAAUAUGGAUUGCUGGUCUGCUGAAAAUGCUAUCAAUGCUUUUCUCAAAACUCUAAAAAUGGGUGAAAGAGGAAACACGCCUGAUGUAACAGAGUUCAUAUCCGCCAUGGCUGCUGGAAAUAAUUCGCAGCUCAUGGUGAUGGCAUGCUCCAGCCACCCUGGAUCCGCGCUACUAGGCUUAGUAGCGGCGGCUCAACAAACUGGUGGCCGGGUGGUGUGUAUAUUACGUAGAGAGCAAGAAAUGCAUGCAAUUAAAGAAACAUUAUUGGGAGACUAUGCAAAUUUUGUUGAGUUUGUGAUUGGUGACGACGUUAAAACUUUAUUGGCAAGUAACUAUGAAGGAGCUGAUUUUGUACUUAUUGAUUGCAAAUUGGAGGAUUUUCAAGAAGUAUUUGAAGCAGCACAACAAGGUGUUAGUGUUAAAGGUGCAUUUAUUGUAGGGUACAACGCCUACAUGAAGGACCUAGGUUAAAUUUUGAUCACAAGGGUUACUUUCUACCCAUUGGAGAAGGGUUACUAGUUAGUAAAAUUAGUGUUUCAGAAGGUAAUAGGAUUGUUAGCGGAAGGAGGAGCCAUUGGAUUGUUGAUAUUGAUGAAUGCACUGGGGAAGAACAUGUUUAUAGGGUUGGUACUUCUCCAAAUACAAAUUAAAGCACUAGAACUUUUAAGAUUUAUGUGGAUUUUGGCGAUGUGGUGUUCGAGCCAGGUUUCGCUCUUCAACGUUCCCACAAAAUAUUUGUUAUCUCCCAGCAGCACAAGCAUCGAAUUAUUAUGUGUGUCCAUCAAGACUUAAGCAGAUGAGUAUCGCAAGAAUCAUACAUCUUCAACUAUUUCUGCAUCUAGUGGAAUUUGUACGGUGCAUCCACUUUAUUGACUAUUACAUCAAACCUCGGAUGCAUCAGUAAAUCCAGUGACUACUAACAACUGUUUGUAAAUAUAAUCCAAUUGCCAAAUGCCAAUUUGCCAUAGUUUUCUAUCCUUUAUAAUUAUCAAGAGGAGGUUUGAAAA